GCUAAAUGGAAAAUGGGACUGUUCCCAACUCUCGUUCAUUGGUGCACCUAUAGACACGAUGCGGUGGAUCAAACCAUCUUUUAACCGUUAUUGUUGGUUCUUGCGCGUAAAAUGCACGUAUAGAAGCUUAUGAAACUCAAAAAGAACUGGCACAUAGAAUAGAAACCAUGAGUCACUAUGGCUAGAAAAGAAAGAAUAGUUAAUUAUUGUGACAGCAAACGUCGUUUGUGAAUGGAGAGCAAUUUUUUGAAGAAUUAAUUUUUAAUCGCUGUAUAUCCAUUUAUCUAUCGAAUUUGAUUUUGAUUUCACAUAAAAUCUUAAUUACACAAUCAUGGAGAUCGCUCAAAAUUAUAUGGGGCCGAUUGCAACAAAUACUAUGAACAGAAUCAACGAGAACGGCAAUGUGGUGGGCACCAUCAUAGUCAACUGUGAAGGAUUCCCGGAGACUACGACCCUGGACAGCUUGACGGCUGCCACCUACUCCACCCAUAUGAGGAACCUCUCUCACCACGCCUCCAACGCCCUUAAAGAAAUCGAUGUCACAGACGAUUUAUUGGUGCUGAGGCUGGUGUCCAGGAAGACGGAGGCAGUGGUCGCACCAGAUCACGAGUUCCACCUGAUAGUGGUUAUGAGACGUGCAUAAAUAUUUAUAAUUUAUUGAGGUUAGUGACCAUUGAUUGGGGCCGUUUUAGGUCAUUUUGUUCUUUAGCAUUGAAAAUUUAA